AUGAGUCAACCGUUGGGUGCAAGGAAAGGUUGUUUAUCAUCUUUGCCUUCUCAACAGCAAUUAUUAUUGCAUCGGAAUCAUGUUGAGAAGGAACAAGAAUCUAAUGAUAGAAUGAGCUUUCAAAACUCUCAUGGAAUAAUGAUGAAUGAAAAUAAUUUUGAUGAUGAUUUGGAGAGUGUUGCACUUUCCCGAAACGAAGAUGAGUUAGAGGAUGAGUUACCUUCUUCUCCAACAGUAGCUCCUUGUACUCCAAAUCAUAAAAAUAGGCAUGAAAAUACAUCGGAUGAAAUUUCAGAACUUCCUGAAAUUUCUCCAUUUCAAAGUCCCUAUGUCACACGAUCCUCCCGAAAAUCAAGAACAGAAUUAAUGUACAGCAAUGUUUAUGGGCGAAAAAAACCUCAGAAAGUUUCUAAUCGAGAAAUUGAAAACAGACUUCGAAAUGAUUUUCCUGAACGAGCAAAAGAAUUGGAGAGACGACACAAAGAGCGUCUCCAAGCGAGACAAUUUACCCCGGCCUGUUGUGAUGCAAUAUUAGGCCUGGGAUUUAUAGAACCCUCAUUUAUGAUGCUUGGAGAUUCAGCCACAAGCAAAUUGAGAAGCACCAAUACUGCUAAACGAGACAAUGAUGGAUCUCAAUCGGAGUUUGAGUCUCCAGAAAAGAAAAUCAAAUCAUGUGAGGAUCCUUUUGAAUUUUACUCUCCUCCUCCACUUUCCCAGAAAGAUCCUGCAACUCCUCAAGAAAAAUUGGCUAAACAAAUUAUUGCAAGGUUAAGAAAAGUGUCGAAAAGGUGGGAUGUGUCACAAAUCAUAUCCAAAGAUAAUAUUGAUUUAAUUGCGCUUACAAAAGCAACAAAUCCAGAUUGCGAAUUGUUUAAAUCAGUGAAAGGUCCACAAAGGGACAUGUACAUUCAAGAGAUUGUGUCUGUAGUCAAGGAAUUUACAAGCGUUGCUUCAGGUAGCUUCAAUGACCAGCAAGAAAAUCACGUGUCCACAUCCAGAGCUGUGAAACGUGAAGAAAACAGCGUUAAUGACUCAUCUUUAAAUGCCAAUGCAGUCUCAUCCUCUAUUCAUCACUCUACUAUUGUCAAAAAAGAAAAAGACAACAAUGAAAAACACAGUAUUGAGACACCAAGAAAAAACCGUGACCAUGUAAUUAAGUUGGAAAAUAUGGAAUCACCGAAUUUACUCAACACUGUCAAGCUACAGAAAAACACAACAUUAACACCAAAAUCAUAUGAACAGCAAACAAAUGCAUGCAGCAGUUCCACGCCGCACAAAUCUCCAUCUCCUAUUAAUAUAACAAAUAGAAGAGUGUUAGCAACACCUUCUGUAGAUGCUGUGAUUAUCAUUGAUGACGAUGACCAAGAUGAGGACGAUUGUAAAUUUUUGUGCAAGAAAGAGCCUACAAAAGUGUGA